CCACAGCUUUUAGAGUAUGACAAAGAGCUGUCGGUGUACAAGGAUCGGCUGCAUGAGCUGGAGAUCUCCUUCCCACCCAGUUACCCGUACAGUGAGGACAGCAGUCAGGGGAAGCAGUACAUGAACACCCGAUGCCCCGCCUGGUGCGACCGGAUCCUGCUGUCUGCCUCUGCCAGGGAUCUGGUCUUGAAGCCUGAAAACGAAGAGAAGUCUGUAGUCUAUGAUAACAUCGGGCCCAACGUCUGCAUGGGGGACCACAAGCCUGUCUUCCUGUCCUUCCGAAUAACAGCGGGGGCAGGGAAGUGUUGCCAAAGGGGGGAGAAGAUAUUCCGAGAAGCGCCUCUGUGAGAACACAAGAGAAACAAACAGGACACACACAUGCAUGCACACACACACAAACACACACACACACACACACACACACACAC